UAUAAAAGUUGGAAUGCUUGAUUUAUAGGAAAUUGACUGACAGCUUAAAAUAAUCAGAUAAUAGUUCUGUAGUAGUGCUUGUUCUGACCAUCAGUCCACAUCUGGACCACAUCAGUCCACAUCUGAUCCACAUCUCGACCACUAUCUGGUCCACAUCUGGUCCACAUCUGGUCCACAGCAGUCACCAUGACAGCGAACAGAGAAUCAGCUCGCAGGUAAACAACAGGUGAGUCAGAUCGACCUUCGUACCCGGAAGAUAAAGGACUAACACAAGCUGCGCCACUCUCAGUUGUUCCGAAAGAUUCCGCCCAGUUACCUGUCAACACAAACUGAAGUGCGUUGAUUUCUCCAGGAAGUAGACGCAUACGUGUGUGCGCGAUACACAGCGAUGGAUCAGAGGAACAUCCAGAAGGAGUUUGAGGAACAGUUCAACGAUGUGGUUUCCAGACUUCAGGCCAAGCAGCUGUUCCAGUCUGACUGGGACAUCGCUUCUUUUGCAGUCUUCUUCAUCUUCAUCGGCAUGGUUCUGCUGCUGGUCCUCCUGGUCAUCAUCCGCUGCUGCUGCUGCUGCUGCUGUGACGAUCAGAAGCCCAGAAGACGGAAGGUUGGCAUAGAGAACAUGGCUCUGGAGCCCUGACAGCUGAGCUGCACUGAUCAAGUAUUGUGAAGACGACUGAUGAAGAAGUAGAGCCUCGUAGUUUGAUUCCUGUGCCAAAGCUCUAUCAGUUUUUAACAGAGUUUAAUCAAGUGUGAAUAAUUGUUCACUAGCACGUCUUAACCCAGCAAUGAAAAUGUAACACGCCUGAUCCUGUUGACUGUCACUGCUGUGUGGGGCUGAUUGCUAGGAUACAGCAGAGGGGCUGGACACUUUCUGCUGUCUCUGUGUCUCUGUAGAUUUGAAGAUGUCUUCCUCUGACUUUGUCUGUUGGAAGGAUGGUCAUGUUUUAAUUUGAAGGUUUUAUUUAGCAAUAAAAAUAUAAAAGGAGGAAAAAAGUCA